AUGCCCCCCCGACCGCCUAGCGUCCAGUCAGACAGCAUUAUGCAUUCUUCCAUGAACCAGGAGAGGGUUUCCAUGCGAAACCCUCAGAUGCCUCCAUAUGGGUCCCCUGGACAGCCUGGUUCCGCCUUAUCUCCACGCCAGUCUUCAGGAGGUCAGAUGCAUGGCGGGAUGGGACCGUAUCCCCAAAACAACACCAUGGGAAACUACGGACCUCAGGGAGGCCAGUAUGGUCCACAAUGUUAUCCCAGGCAGCCUGGUUACACGGGGAUGCCCAAUGCUAAUUACCCCAGCGGACCUGGAAUGGCAGGCUCUAUGAACCCCAUGGCUGGUCAGGGCAGUGGGGGUCCGUAUGGAAACAUGCCUCCUGGGAGGCUAGGUCCCGGGCAGAUGGCUGCUCGGCCCUAUGGACCCAACAUGAGCUCCAACAUGGGCGGCAUGCCUCCUCAGGUGGCAUCUGGCAUGUGCCCUCCUCCAGGCAUGAACAGAAAAGAAAGUGGCACCUCCAUGCACCACGGACCCUCAAACUCUAUACCCAACAGGCCACCGGGCUACCCUAACAUGUCACAGGGCAUGAUGGGAGCAGGCUCUCCAUAUGGCCCAGGCUUGAACAGCAUGCACGGUGUGAUGAAUCAGGGGGUGCCAGGGCCUUAUCCAAUGGGUACCAACAUGGCCAACAAUACCCCCGGAAUUGCGCCAAGUUCUGAAUUCAGCAUGGACAAAAUUAACCCAACCCAAAAGAUCAACAAUAAAGUUGAUGGGACACCUAAACCCGAAACGAAAAAGAAGUCGAACUCUUCCACAAUCACGAAUGAGAAGAUCACUCGGCUGUAUGAGCUCGGUCCUGAGCCUGAGAGGAAGAUAUGGGUGGACAGAUACCUGACCUUCGCUGAGGAGAAGGCAAUGGGCAUGAACAAUCUUCCCGCUGUGGGCCGUAAGCCUCUCGAUCUCUUCAGGCUAUACAUUUCUGUCAAAGAGAUCGGCGGCCUCACCCAGGUGAACAAGAACAAGAAGUGGAGGGAGCUGGCCACCAACCUGAAUGUGGGCACAUCGAGCAGUGCUGCCAGCUCUCUUAAGAAGCAGUACAUUCAGUGUUUGUAUGCCUUUGAGUGCAAGAUCGAGCGCGGUGAAGACCCACCCCCAGACUUCUUCAACACGGACACAAAAAAAAACCAGACAAAGGUCCAGCCUCCCAGUCCAGCUGGUUCAGGGUCCCUUCAAGGACCCCAAACUCCCCAAUCUACUACUAGCUCAAUGACUGAAGGGGGAGACCUGAAGCCCCCCACCCCGGCCUCCACCCCACACUCACAGAUGCCCAGUGUCCGGAGUAGUGUUAAUCUGCAGGACCCUUUUGCUGACGGCAGCGACCCAGCAUUUUCCAGAAGGAAUGCCAUGACUCCCAACUCUCAGGGUUAUCAGCCUGGGAUGGGGGGCUCAGAGAUGAUGUCUCGGAUGGGUCCUUAUGAGUCAAACAAAGACCCCUUCGGAGGAAUGAGGAAAGCUGGAGAACAGUUCAUGUCACCUGGCCCCAACAGUGGAAUGGGUGAACAGUAUAAUAGAGGACCACCGGGCCCAAUGGGUAACAUGCCUAUGGGUCAGAGACAACAGUACCCAUAUGGAUUUGACCGAAGACAGGAACCAGGCAUAGGCCCUGAAGGCUCCAUGGGACCAGGAGCUCCUCAACCCAACAUGAUGCCUUCUGGUGCUGACCCGGGGAUGUAUUCACCCAGUCGUCCUCCAUCACAGCAACGACACGAGUCUUACACAAAUCAGUAUCCUGGCCAAGGAGCGCCCCCUGGUGGCCCAUACCCCAAUCAACAACCAGGAAUGUACCCACAGCAGCAGUCGAAUUACAAGCGUCCUGUGGAUGGAGGGUAUGGUCCUCCAGCCAAGCGCCAUGAGGGAGAAAUGUAUAACGUUCCUUAUGGUAGUCAGCAGCAGCCUGGACCCCAACCCUCUGGGCACCCUGGUCAGCAGGACAUGUAUAACCAGUAUAAUGCAUAUCCAGGUGGAGAUAGGAGACCACCAGGUUCACAGAACCAGUUCCCAUUCCCAUUCGGACGGGACCGAGGGCCUUCAUCAACAGGUGCAAACUCCCAGUCUCACAUGCCUUCCCAGAUGAUGGGCAGCUCCAUGCCUUCAGGUCCAGAUGGCCCCCAAGGUCCAGUGUGGCAGGGUCGCAAUGAGAUGGGCUUUCCCAACUAUCCCAACAGACAGGGACCUCCCGUACCAGGCCAGGGUCCUGGGUAUCACAACAUGAACCGCUCGGAGGAGAUGAUGCCAUCAGACCAACGAAUGAACCAUGAGGGUCAGUGGCCCAGCCACAUCAACCAACGGCAGCCACCAUUUGGCCCCACUGGUACUGGACCACCUAUGACCAGACCUUUACCCUCCACUUUCCAGACUUCCCAGAACCACAUUCCACAGGUGCUGAGCCCAGCUCCCAUGUCCCGGCCCAUGGAAAGCAGGACAUCACCCAGUAAAUCACCCUACAUGCAUCCUGGCGUUAAAGUGCAGAAGGCAGGUCCUCCGGUUCCCGCCUCACAUAUUGGGCAGGCGCCUGUGCAGCAACCCUUGAUUCGAAGAGAUGUGGCCUUCCCUCCCAGCUCUGUGGAGGCUACCCAACCCCAUCUUAAACCCCGAAAACGGCUCACCAUGAAAGACAUUGGCACUCCUGAGGCUUGGAGAGUAAUGAUGUCUCUAAAGUCGGGUUUGUUGGCUGAGAGCACCUGGGCCUUGGACACCAUCAACAUUUUACUGUAUGACGACAACAGCAUCUCCACUUUUAACCUUUGCCAGCUACCUGGCUUCCUGGAGCUGAUAGUGGAGUAUUUCAGAUGCUGCCUCAUUGAGAUCUUUAGCAUCUUAAAGGAGUAUGAGGUGGGAGACCCUGGCCAACGCAUCCUGAUUGACCCCAAUGCUGCUGAAGACUCUGAAGAUGACAUUUCCAUUCCUGAGGGUGAAGACAUGGGCACAGAUGAGGAGGACGAGGAAGAUGAGGAGACUGAGGAAACAAAGAGCAACCUUGACACCUCUUCACUGGUGCAGGUGAAAAAAGAGGAGGAGGAACACUCCCUGAAAGACAAGUCCUCAGAGGAUGAAGAGGAGGAAAAAGAGUCCUCUACCAAGGAAGCGAGUAGCUCUACCUCAGGGUCCUUGCAGGACCCCACUGUCCACUUGGAAAAGCCCAAACAGGCUAGUAAGUUUGAUAAACUCCCAAUCAAAAUGGUGCGGAAGAAGAAUCCAUUCCUGGCUAACAGCUUGUCCAAACCGGGGCAACGACAGAGUUUCAACAGCGGCCUGAUACACUGGAGUGUUGGAGGUGGUGACACUACUGAGCACAUCCAGACCCACUUCGAGAGCCAGAUGGAUCUCCUCAAGCAGUGGAAACACACAUCAGCAACAAUUGAAGGUCGCAAGAAGAACAAGGCGCCAGCUGCCGCAACAGAAAUUCCAGAGAAGUCUAAGUCCUAUGGGGAGGACAAGGCUCAACAGCCAUCGAUCCAGCCUUCUGAAGCCUUCCCAUCUUUGGCUGAGAAGACACCUUCAUCUCUUCCCAUUGGAGCACCAGUCACCGCCACAAUUGAUGAUGUAUUAUCUGCCCGCCCAGGGUCAGUCACAGAGGAGGUGGUCCGUGGAGGUGCCGAGGAGCAGAAAGAGAAUGGCAAGUUUCUAUUUAGCAUCAACCCUGAUCUCCAGAGUCGCCGCAACGUCAAGAUCUUGGAAGAUGAGCCUCACAGCAAAGAUGAAAUGCCACUCAGCACCCUGUCAGACUGGAAGGACUCGCUAGCCCGGCGCUGUAUCUGUGUCUCCAACAUCGUGCGAAGUCUGUCUUUUGUGCCUGGCAAUGACCUGGAGAUGUCGAAACACCCAGGCCUCCUACUGCUGCUGGGCCAUUUGGUGCUGCUCCAUCACAGGCACCCGGAGCGCAAACAGGCACCAGUUACCUAUGAGAAGGAGGAGGAGGAAGAUGAGGGUGUGAGCUGCGACAGAGACGAGUGGUGGUGGGACUGCCUUGAAGUGUUGAGGGAGAACUGCUUAGUCACUCUGGCCAACAUCUCUGGCCAGUUGGACCUUUCUAUCUACCCAGAAAGUAUAUGCCUCCCACUGCUGGACGGCCUGCUCCACUGGGCGGUGUGCCCCUCAGCAGAGGCGUUGGACCCCUUCCCCACGCUUGGACCCCACAGCUCCCUAUCUCCCCAGAGACUGGUCCUUGAGACCCUCAGUAAGCUCAGCAUCCAGGACAACAAUGUCGACCUCAUUCUGGCAACGCCACCAUUCAGCCGCUUGGAGAAGCUGUACGGCUUGCUUGUACGCCUGGUCGGGGAGCGCAAAGUGGCCGUCUGUCGGGAAAUGGCAGUCGUCUUAUUAGCUAACUUAGCUCAGGGCGACAGCCUGGCAGCACGGGCAGUUGCUGUGCAGAAAGGCAGCGUGGGUAACCUGCUUGGCUUCUUGGAGGAUAGCUUAGCGGCCACUCAGUACCAACAGAGCCAAAGCUCCUUGCUACAACUGCAGGGCAGCCCGCAGUUUGAACCUACGAGCAUGGACAUGAUGCGGCGCGCUGCUCGGGCGCUGCACGCUCUGGCUAAGGUGGAGGAAAACCACUCAGAGUUCACUUUGUACGAGUCGCGACUACUAGAUAUCUCUGUGUCCCCACUGAUGAACCAUCUGGUGUCCCAAGUCCACAGCCGCUUUGCCAAAUUUUUGCCACGUCUGGGCCAUCAGAACAGGGUGGAGGGUCCAGUUCCCGUGACGUGGACCGCCCAUGGACAUCACAUCUGCCCCUUUGUUUAG